UGUCUUCUUCCUCUUCUUCUUCUUUCUUCUUUAGCUUCAUUCUUUUAACUUCACUUCAAAAUCAUGAGAGUUAGGGUUUUGAUUUGAUCGUUUUGAUUUGGUUGUAUUUGAAAAGCUAAAAGAAAUCGCCAUUGAUAAGAUGGCUGCUUCUGUGACUCUACCGGACCUUACUUUUCUUUCUCCGCCACAGAAAACAACAACUGCUUCUAAACACCGAUUUUCUCUCUCUAGAAAUUCUCUCUCUAGAUACUCUCUUUCUACUAGGACCUCCCUCCGUAUUCGUACAAGUAUACUGCUUCGGGCUACUAUUAGAGAAGAGAGUUUAGUGAUUGAAGAAAGGGAAAGGGAAUUGUUAAAACAAGUGAAUGGAAAUGGCGCUGCUUCUAAUUAUGGUCUAAAUGAUGGGACGACGUCGGUUUCGGUGUCAGUUGAGAGUGAGAAGAAUGAAAGUUUGGUGAAGUAUGUGAAUGGAAACGGCGUCGCAGCUGCGAAAGAAGUGGUGGUCGUGGUUGAGGAAGAUGCAACUGCAAGGGAGGAUGGAAGGAAGAAAAGAAUAGAGGAGAUUGGGAAAGAAGAUGCUUGGUUUAAAAGUGUAGAUCAGCAACAAGUCGAGGUUUCCGUUGCACCUGGAGGCCGUUGGAGUCGGUUUAAAACUUACUCGACAAUUCAAAGGACCUUGGAAAUAUGGGGAUUCGUUUUAACAUUCAUCUUUAGAGUUUGGUUGAGUAAUCAGAAAUUCUCUUAUCGAGGAGGAAUGACAGAGGAGAAGAAAAUCCUAAGGAGGAAAACCCUUGCCAAGUGGUUAAAGGAAAAUAUAUUAAGAUUAGGUCCUACGUUCAUCAAAAUUGGACAGCAGUUCUCUACUAGAGUUGACAUUCUUGCUCAGGAAUAUGUUGAUCAGUUGUCUGAACUUCAGGACCAAGUCCCUCCUUUCCCAUCAGAUACUGCUAUAGCUAUAGUAGAAGAAGAGCUUGGAGGCCCUUUAGAUGAUACCUUUGAUCGGUUUGACUAUGAACCAAUUGCUGCUGCAAGUCUUGGCCAGGUUCACCGUGCAAAAUUGAAGGGACAAGAAGUUGUGGUGAAAGUACAAAGACCUGGUCUCAAGGAUCUUUUCGAUAUUGAUCUUAAAAACCUGAGGGUAAUAGCAGAAUAUCUUCAAAAAAUAGACCCGAAGUCGGAUGGUGCAAAGAGGGAUUGGGUUGCAAUUUAUGAUGAAUGUGCAACCGUCUUGUAUCAGGAGAUUGAUUACACCAAGGAAGCUGCAAAUGCAGAACUAUUUGCAAGUAAUUUCAAAGAUCUGGAAUAUGUCAAAGUCCCGACAAUUUACUGGGAGUUCACAACACCACAGAUUUUGACAAUGGAGUAUGUCCCAGGGAUCAAAAUUAACAAAAUACAAGCUUUAGAUCAAUUAGGUGUUGAUCGUAAAAGGUUGGGCCGGUAUGCUGUUGAAUCUUACUUGGAACAAAUUCUAUCUCAUGGAUUUUUCCAUGCUGAUCCUCAUCCAGGAAAUAUUGCUGUUGAUGAUGUCAAUGGUGGAAGGUUGAUCUUUUAUGAUUUUGGAAUGAUGGGAAGUAUCAGUCCAAACAUUAGAGAAGGGUUGCUGGAUGCAUUUUAUGGAAUUUAUGAGAAGGAUCCUGAUAAGGUCCUUCAAGCAAUGAUCCAAAUGGGUGUCCUUGUGCCUACUGGAGACAUGACAGCUGUCAGACGAACUGCACAAUUCUUCCUUAAUAGUUUUGAGGAGCGUCUUGCUGCUCAAAGAAAAGAGAGAGAAAUGGCAACAGCAGAACUUGGAUUUAAAAAGCCAUUGACUAAGGAGGAAAAGAUAGAGAAAAAGAAGCAACGCCUGGCUGCAAUCGGGGAGGACUUAUUAGCCAUUGCAGCAGAUCAACCUUUCAGAUUUCCUGCCACAUUCACAUUUGUUGUUAGAGCAUUUUCAGUAUUGGAUGGCAUUGGGAAGGGUCUUGACCCACGGUUUGAUAUUACAGAGAUUUCCAAACCUUAUGCACUUGAGUUGCUAAGGUUUCGGGAAGCUGGGGUUGAAGUUCUUGUGAAGGACAUAAGAAAGAGAUGGGACAGGCAGUCUCGUGCAUUCUACAACUUAUUUAGACAGGCUGAUAGAGUUGAGAGGCUUGCUGAAACUAUCCAACGACUGGAACAAGGUGAUCUGAAGCUUCGGGUUAGAACACUGGAGUCUGAAAGGGCGUUUCAGCGUGUUGCUGCUGUUCAGAAAACAGUAGGGAGUGCAGUAGCUGCUGGAAGUCUUAUAAACCUUGCAACAAUUUUGUACCUCAAUUCCAUUCGAGUACCAGCCAUUGUAGCAUAUGCAGUUUGUGCAUUCUUCAGCUUCCAAGUUCUCUUUGGCAUUGUAAAGGUCAAAAAAUUAGAUCAGCAAGAAAGGUUGAUAACAGGAACUGCUUAACAAACUGAUCCUUUUACUGUAGAGAUUCAGCUUAUGCAAGGCUUACUAUUGCAAGCUUCGGCCUAUUAAAGAUGGACCUUGGUGAAAAUAUUUAGUUUAUUGUUGGUCCAAUAUCAGCAUAUAAAUAUGUGAUGAAGACAUCUUAAAGCUGAGUGGUUGGCUAUAAUUUUUUCGAAAAAGCUUGGCAAGAACUUGUUUGUCAGUUCAGAACUACCAAGGUACAUCUCAGAGGCCAGUUUCUCUUACAUUUUUUGUGCUCUUCUCAAGGCAUCUUGAGGUUUUUGUCUGGCUGUUUGGUGAUUAACAACUCUUAAGCAAGGAGGGGUUAAUUUGUGCAACGAUUCUGUGAUCAAUAUUGGUAUGUAUAGUCUGUAGCAUGAUUCCAUGGAAGGCAAUGUCCAUAAACUCUGUAUAACACUGAAACAUUAUGUAACAUGAUAAUGCUGUCAAUGAAAUCUGUGAGACAUACCAUUCAUAUGUUGCAAAAA